AUGCAACGCACCGCCGCGCUCGAAUCGCCGCCAUCGAUUGCAUCCCCGCGCCAGCCGAUGCUCAUGUCGCUGUCCACGAGCGCAAGCACAAGCAGCAUCGAAGCGAGUCCGGCCAAGCCGUCGUCGCGGCGUCUCUUCCACGACACACCCACAGCACCCACCGCAUCUUCCCCACACACGCUCGUAUCACCCAUUGCUACCUGGUCGCACACCGAAGCGCAUACACCCACCGCCGCCACAAGCCAGGGUCAGGACGUGUUUGGCAAGAUCGAUCAUACCCCGCUGCGCCAAGAGACGCACUCCACCUCGCCACUUCCCAACUCGCGCUCGUUUCAGACUGGCGACAUGCUCGACCACGUCCUCGAUCCCGUCCACUUCUCACGUCUGUCGGUAGGCAACAUCAUCGCGCCCGAAAGAGCAAGCUCCAAGAAACCACCAAAACGCCUCCCCACAGACACCGGCAGCACCACCGCAUCUCCAACACCCCGAUCCAGAUCAUCCGCCAAACCACGCACAGCUCUCACUUCCAUCACACCUAAUAACACCACAGACUCCACAGCAUCUUCCGCACCAAAAUCCGCCAGCACAAGCAGCCCAGCAUCGUCCGAUCCAUUCUCGCAUCCACAUCGCUCCUCACCCUCGGCACACGACCUGUCGCUGCACGUCAAACACCACAUGGCCGCAUUGCAGCACAGCCCACAAUCGCAUUAG